UUUCCUAUUCAAACAUAGAUAAUUGUGGGCGGGCUCUCUCAAAGUUCUUGGUUUUGGCAUGCCGAAGUUCAAUUUCGAUUACCAACAUCAACAAGGUUCUGAAGUGCUGGAGGAACAGACGACCAGCCAACCAAACAAAUCCAGCUAUAAUGAAUCUCCAGAGGAUUCUAUUUGGGCAGAAAUCCUUAUGAAAUUGCCAAUGAAAGAUGCCUUCAAGUGUAAGGCCGUGUCAAAGCAAUGGCAUUCCCUCAUAUCAGACCCUCAUUUUGCCAGGUGUUAUCUCUCUCGUAACCCUUCGUGUUCAAUAUCCUCGCCUUGGGCACUCCUGAAACGAAAUACUGCUGAAAAUAGUUUCCAGUUGGACAUUGUUGCUGAUCAUGCUAGUUCUGGUGAUUCUAACCCUCCAGGCUUCUAUGUGCGGUCUUUUUUCUCACGUCCUCCGCCCGUGAAGGACACUUUUAACGUUGUAGGAUCAAGGCUUGAAUUGAUAUUGUGCAUGGCAACUAGCACUGGACAGUUUUUUGUAUGCAACCCUCUUAACAAACAAUAUAAGGCUCUACCUCAUCCUGCUCGAACUCUUCUUGAACAUGAUCACCUUGAAGAAGUUAAGGUAGGUUUCGUUGUUCAGACAGAAGGAGGGUUACUCGUUACAGGCUACACUUACAAAGUAGUGCUACUUAAAAGAGAGAUCUCCAAUAUUUUCAACCUGGUGACUUUUUCUCCUGAAACUGGUGAAUGGUAUACCAGCGAAGCAGAUUGUCCAGAAGAAACAAAAUUGAACGAGUUGGGAUGUUGUGUAGCUUGGAAUCGAAUCCUGCACUGGCUGGAUGAAGAGGCGCACAACCUUGUUGCCAUUGACCCUUUCAGAGAUACCAACAAAUGCCGGCUUAUUAAACCGCCUGAGAGCACAGAUGUUAUCAGUAACAAGAAAAUACCAGCAGACAGGCUUUGCCAACAGAGCCAGGGAUGUCUGAGAUAUGCAAUAGCCGGUUCGUUUCUUGAGAAUCCCUUCUUCAAGAUAUGGGUAUUAGAAGACUGUAACUUGGGCACAUGA